AUGUAAGAAAAUGAAUUUGCAAUUUCAAUUUGCGUUCCUUCCUUCAAAAAAAAUGAUGAUGUUGUAUACUACUAAUUAACGUAAGAUAUUGUAUUAAAAUAUAUCUAGAUUUACUGAAUAGAACUAAAGAUGUUCAUUUUCCGUAGAUUAUCGCUAUUCAUAUUUAAAAAACUACAUUAAUCAGUAAAAACUCUUAAAGGGAUUCUGCCUAAGUUUCCUUCUAUUAAUUGGUGGAGAUCCACCUAUUCUAAUGAAGAAUUAAUAGAGGAGAGAAGAAUUUAGUUUGAUUAUUUCUAUAAAAUUCUCCUUUUAUGCAAAGUCUGUAAAAGUUUGAUAAUGAAAAAUUUCAUCCUCAAAUCAUAAUGUUUGCAUUUGAAAAAAUAAGAAUAAGGAGAUAGAAUUUAAAUUAAUAAGGAAUAAAAAAUUAAGUUCAAUAAAGAAAGAGAAGCAGGAGUUAUUCCAAAUAUUAAUUAUCUUCAGCUAGACCAAAAAGAGGAGUAGUUAACUAAAAUUAAAUAAAAAACAAAUACCUGAGACUUAGCUUUUUUCUCCAAUUGAGGAUUCAAAAGAUAGAUCACGUUCUUGGAAAUUUAAAUUUACUAAAAAGAAAUCCUUAUCUAUAUGCUCUAAAGAAAACAAUUAAUUAAAUAAUGUAAAAAUAAUAUCUUAUAUUAGUUGAUUUUCGGAGGAGCACCAAUAUUUAAAGGAAUUAUUUUAAAAUUAAAAUGA